UACACGUGUGUUGUGGUCUGCAGUGUGGAGGCUGAGUAUGGAGAACGUUUCCAUAAACGGAGGAGAGGACGAGCUGUAUGAAGCCUUCCUGGCUCUGCACACUCCUGCUCUGAAGGCAGCCGGAAUCCCCCCACUGUACUGGAAGACCCUCUGCUAUAAACUCACCAAUGAGGUGUUUGAUGCGGGGGAAGUCUUUGGGAUCAUGCGAGUGGAAGAGGAUGAUGAAGAUGAGAAUGUACACAGCAGCUCGAACCCUGUGGCUGAAGUUUCCUGUAAAGUGAUAGUGACUCGGGAGAGCGGCCUACAGGCGUGCCAUCCGGCCAGCAUUUAUUUGGUGGACCAUGCAUGGACGUAUCGGCUGGAGAGUGCCAGGCAGCAGCUGAUGGAGAUUCCAGGGCUGUUGGGGCGCAUGGCCAGCCUAAUGGGCCUGUCUUAUCACGGCGAAGCUCCUGAUCCAGACGUUGUAGAGCUUGUGCUGGACAACAUGUGGAAGUUCAAUCAGACCUAUCAGCUGUCACAGGGGUCUGCGGAGGAGAAAGUGCCAGUCUGGUACAUAAUGGAUGAGUUUGGCUCUCAGGUGCAGCACUCCUCUCAGCCGUCAUGCUGUAUGGCUCCUUUUUUCUUUGCUCCUCAGCAGAUAGCAUAUUCUGUGCUCUGGCCCAUUCAGGACCUGGAGAAUGGAGAUGAAGUGACGAGGGAUUACGCCUACGGGGAGGCAGAUUCACUGGUGAGGAAGUGCAGACUGUUACCAUGGUUACCAGCUGACCUGGAAGGAGUAAGCGACGAGACACCAGAGCCCACUGACCUUUACUAUGAGACCAUUCUACAGGAGAACAAGGAAAAGCUCCCGGUGGAAAUCUCUGUCCACAGCGUGCCAGAGGGGACCGUUCUGAAGGUGUUCUCAGAGAUGAAACAGGUUUUGGACCAUUUGAAACAUCCACGCUUCCAGUUCACUGAAGACGAAGAUGAAGCCGACAUACUCUGGAAGUAUUCUCACAUUCGAGAUUAUCGGAAGCUGAGUGAGGAGCGACCUCGCGUCCUGCUGAACCAAUACCCAUGUGAGACGAUUCUGACCACAAAAGACUGCCUGGCAUCCGUGGCGCGGAGAACGGGGCAAGGAGAGGGACCACGGUGGCUCCCCAGAACCUUUAACCUCCAGACUGAGCUGCCCCAGUUUAUCAGACAUUACCAAAAGAGGCAGGAAAGAGGUGAGGACAACCACUGGAUCUGUAAGCCCUGGAACCUGGCCAGAGGGUUGGACACCCACAUCACAAACAGCCUCGACUACAUCAUCCGGCAAAGAGAGAGCACUCCAAAGGUGGUCUGUAAGUACCUUGAGGACCCCGUGUUGUUUGACAGGGAAGAAGUGGGUCUGGUGAAGUUCGACAUCCGCUACAUGGUGCUGCUGCGGUCUGCGCAGCCUCUGCGGCUCUACGCUUACAACGUCUUCUGGCUCCGCUUUGCCAACAGGCCUUUCUCGCUGGAUCGCUUUGAUGAUUACCAAAAGCACUACACUGUGAUGAACUACGCUGAAGGUGUCCAGCUGAAACAGGUUCACUAUGAUGAGUUUAUCCCCAUGUUUGAAAGGCAGUAUCCACAAUAUCCAUGGAAACAAGUGGAGGGGGAGAUCUUCAAGUCCUUCGCCGAGCUCUUUCAGACAGCUUCGUCCCGCCCUGCACCAUAUGGAAUCUGUCCAUACCCCUCCUCCAGAGCGAUAUAUGCCAUCGAUCUCAUGCUGAAAUGGGAACAGACGGGAGGAGAAGAGCGUGUGAUGCAGCCUCAAAUUCUGGAGGUGAACUUCAGUCCAGACUGCCACCGAGCCUGCCUCUACCACCCCAGCUUUUACGACCACAUGUUCCAGACGCUGUUCCUGGAUCAGGCGGACGAGUGUCCGGUCACCCAAAUCGUAUGAUUGCCCUGUAUUUUAAGAUAAGCCAGGCUGUAAAGGCUUUGCCUUCAAGGGAAAUAAAGGUGGUAUGGAUGGCACAAUGACCCAAACUGA